AAUUUACUACGUCAGUAGUAUGAAUUGUGGUUUUAUUUUUCAGCCGUUUGCAAUUUUCAAUACCGCCGAUGCUAUAAAUGAAAAUGCAUUAUUUUUCAGUCUUUUGAAAUUUUCAAUGCCGCCCGUACCAUAAGUGAAAGUGCGUGCAUCACAGGCAACUUGUCUAUUAAGUGCUUUAUGCAAAUUUAAGUCGCGAACUUGAAGCCUUAUGGUAACGUCUAUUUGAGCAUGUUCAUGUAUAAUUGUUUAAUCUCAGGAGAACACGAUCCCUAAUUCAUUUUCUUAAUGCGUUUAGGAUUCCUCAAGGAUAGCAUGCAAAAACUCAUCGUCAUUUUAAUCCAAGAACCUCUUGUACAAUAUACCGAAGAUUUUCUAGAGUAAGAUGACAGGCGUGUUAAGAAUCUUUUGAAUGUAUAAUUUAUGCAGAUUUAGGAGGUGAACUCAGAGCGGAAAUGCCGCAAAUUUGUGGUGUUUUGGAAAUGUUUUUUCAGGUAUAAGGUCCAGAAAAGUUCUUUUCACAGCAGGAGAAAAUUCGAAGUGAAAAGUAGUGAUAUUUCACCCAGCCAUUUACAAAAGGGUGGUGAAGCGAAAGUAAUUACAGGUAGAGCGCAUGCAUAUACUUUAUUUUACCAAUUAACCCGCCCACGAAGGAGAUGACUUUAAACAUUCCUUUGCAGAGAUUUACGUGACGUUUAACACGAUGUUGAAGUUGACUUUGGUUUUCGUGGUGAUCUGUUUUGUUCUCAUGUCAGAGGCUCGUAAAUUACAUGCGCGGCGCCAUCAGGACACUGAACUUCACGGAAGGGAAUUCUUAAAGGUUGGUUUAUUGAUAGAGGAAGAAGAGCAAAAAUUAGAGGGCGAUGCGAGACUGGAAUGGAACGAGAGACAAAUUUAGGAGAAAGGGUGUGUCGUUAGUCGCCAAUCAAGCUUUUGCUUCCCGCACUUGUAGCACUAAGGAACCGGUAAUUAUUUAUCACCUGACGGGGUGGUGUUUAUUCAAAUGAUCUCACUCAUUAGCAGUCAGUUUCCUUUAUUCUUACCCUCAGACGCUGUUAACGACGACUGCUACCCCAUCUAUCCGCCCUGAAAACUGUGUGACGCCCCCACGCCCCCUUCCCCCCCAAAAAAUCCUCCAACCCCGCCUCAUCCCUCCCAAGCGAUGAAAUAGUGAAUAAUACAUGUGCGCGCGUAAAUAUGGAAUUUCUCUUCGAGCGUUCAACUAGAUAGCCCACGAGUAAGCGCAGACAAGAAACUUCAUAUUUACAAACAACCAUGUUUUAUCUAACAAGCCAGAAGAGAUUUAUCUGAGAGAAAUAUUUAAUUGUUUUUGUUACAUCAACAAUUUUCAGAAGCAUCUGCAUCGUCGCUCGUGUAUUCCAGUUGGACAAACGGGCUGUGCGAAAAAUGACGGCAAUUGCUGUCGAAAAGGAAACCCGUUCACUGGAGUCAAGCGGAAGUGUGUAAACAAGGGCUCUUUUUUUGCUCCGUAA